AUAUUAGCUACUAGAUGGCGCAUAAUUCGAUGUAACGGACACUUUAAAUUUCCACGGUUUCUUUGUAAAGAGAAGCUUCAAUCAGUGCGCUUUUGAUCUGUAACUAGUGAAGUAAAGUUUUGUGUGUCUCCAAUUUCGUUCAUAUCUGUGCAAGAGAUUUAUUUCGAAAAUUCAUUGUAAUGGCUAAAUAUUGUCCACUGGAUCCUAUGUAUUAAGAAAGAUAUAAUAGUUCAUUGUUUGAAGUAGUUUUUCGGUAUUGUAUUCCUUCUACGAGCUAUUAUCUAUAUGCUAGACGCACAUUGAAAUAAUCCUUUUACUGUUAAUUUCCCUUUUGUCCUUGACAAUAAAAUGUCAUUUUCUUAUAAUAAUGCGAUGAAAAAGAAUGGUAUUUUUUAUACAAAUGUUAGUUGUCAGUGCUUACUAAUUGAAAAUGUAAAUAGCUGAGUGCUAACAAGAAUACAGAAUAGACACGAUUUUUUGGUGUGUGACUUAUCAAGGGCUUUGCUUCUUGGAUAUGAAGGGACAAGUACAAGCCGCACGGGAGAGGUUAGGUGGCUUUAGCAGUAACAGCUAUUAUUCUAGUUCGGCAGAUCAUGUUUCUGAUAUUCAACGUAUCGUCCCAAUUUCCAAUUAUGAACUACAAUUAGAUGAUUCUGCAGUUGUAACAGAGGUCGAUAACAAAGUUAAAACAAAAUUGCUCUCUAUAUGGAAUAAUGUGAAAUAUGGAUGGACUGUAAAAAUAAAAACAAACUUUUCAAAAGAAUCUCCAGUAUGGUUGCUCGGACAGAGAUAUCCCAAACAGUUGGAAGAUACUCUAGAAAAAGCUUCCGAUGCUCUCUCAGGAUUAGGAACUGGAAGCGAAGUGUCAUUAGCAAUAGAUGCUGCUAAUGAAGAAGGAAUCGAAGGAUUUAAGAGAGACUUCGUCUCUCGUCUAUGGUUAACUUAUAGAAGAGAAUUUCCAAAUUUAAGAGGAUCUACUUUUACUACAGAUUGUGGCUGGGGUUGUAUGCUACGUAGCGGACAAAUGAUGAUGGCGCAAGCAUUAGUUUAUCAUUUUCUAGGACGAGAUUGGAGGUGGUAUCCGGAUCAAACAAUUAAAACAGAUGAACAAAAGGAAGAAGAGAUGAAACAUCGUAUGAUUAUAAAAUGGUUUGGAGACCAGCCAGGACCUCAUUCUCCUCUUUCUAUUCAUAAACUAGUGUCACUUGGUGCACAAUCGGGGAAACAAGUAGGAGAUUGGUAUGGGCCUGGGUCAGUUGCACAUCUUUUAAGCCAAGCAGUAAAAUCUGCGGCUGAAACUCACAGGGAAUUUAGUAAUUUGUGCGUCUAUGUUGCUCAAGACUGUGCAGUCUAUUUGGAUGAUGUUAAAAAAUUAUGCGAAACUCCAAAUGAAUGCUGGAGGUCUCUUGUAUUACUAGUACCUUUAAGACUUGGUACUGAUAAGUUAAAUCCGACUUACAUACCAUGUUUGACAAGGUUGUUGGAGUUAGAAUUUUGCAUUGGUAUCAUUGGUGGACGUCCUAGACAUUCUCUUUAUUUCAUUGGUUAUCAAGAAGAUAAAUUGAUACAUUUAGAUCCACAUUAUUGUCAAGAAAGCGUAGAUAUGUCAAAAGAAACGUUUUCCUUAUCGACAUUCCAUUGUACCUCGCCUAGAAAAAUGGUACUUUCCAAAAUGGAUCCUAGUUGUUGCAUUGGAUUUUACAUACACGAUAAAAAUUCCUUUGACGAAUUUGUAACUAAAAUCGAAAAUGUUCUGAUGCCGCAAACCCAGAAAACAGAUUAUCCAAUGUUCUUAUUUUGCGAAGGAAGUGGGGAGGAAUUACAAGAAAACAUAGAGGUCGGAGAAAAUCCAUUGCCGUCGACAACUCUAUUUGUACGACCCGGUGCAUUCGAAGAUCAUUAUGAGUUCGAGGAAUUUGAACUCAUAUGUAUAGAAAAUAAAAGCAAAUAGAAAUUCAAUGUACUUAAAAAUACUAACAACGUAGUUCUUACGCAAUGUACGUACUACAGUUCGCAACAUUUGUAAUCCUUCGGUCAUUCGUCCAAUAUUCGUAAGUGAUAAAUUCAA